CUUUGGAACCUGUCAUCUUACGAACCCCUCAAAAUGGUGAUCAUUAACCACGGCCUUCAGACGCUGACCAAUGAGGUCAUCAUCCCUCACUCGGGGUGGGAAAAUGAGCCGAACGAAGAUUCGAAACCUAGAGAUGCGGAAUGGAGUACAGUCUUCAAGAAUACGUCGGGAUGUCUGAGGAAUGUAAGUUCAGAUGGCGCUGAAGCUCGACGAAGACUCCGAGAAUGUGAAGGUUUGGUAGAUGCUCUUCUCCACGCUUUGCAGUCUGCAGUGGGGAAAAAAGAUACAGAUAACAAGUCGGUGGAGAACUGCGUCUGCAUCAUGAGGAACCUCUCCUACCACGUCCACAAAGAAGUUCCAGGCGCCGACAAAUUCCGAGAGUUAGAAAGUAACCAGCUGGGAAGCUUUGGAGGAACUCAUAAGAAAAAGAAAGACGACGCGGGCUGCUUCGGUGGGAAGAAGGCCAAAGGAAAGAAGAACGGAGAUGUGGACCGGAACUUUGAUACACUGGAUUUACCGAAGCGAUCUGAAUCAGCAAAAGGCUUUGAGUUGCUUUACCAGCCCGAAGUCGUGCGGCUCUACCUCUCCAUUCUCACCGAAAGUCAGAAUUUCAAUACUUUGGAAGCAGCAGCCGGCGCCCUCCAGAAUCUCAGCGCAGGAAACUGGACCUGGUCCACGUACAUCCGGGCGACGGUGCGAAAGGAACGAGGACUUCCGGUCCUGGUGGAGCUCCUCCAGUCAGAUUCAGACAAGGUGGUGAGAGCGGUAUCCAUAGCCCUACGGAAUCUCUCCAUGGACCGCCGUAACAAGGAUCUCAUAGGUAGCUACGCCAUGGGGGAACUGGUAAGAAACUUGCCGAGCCGGCAACAGCGAUCUUCAAAAAACCUUGAAGAGGACACAAUAGUUGCCGUCCUGAACACUAUUCAUGAAAUUAUUACUGACAGUUCUGAAAAUGCCCGGUCCCUGAUCCAGACGCAAGGCGUUCAGAAGCUGGUGGCUAUCAGCAAAUCCAGCCAGUCCUCCAGAGAAAUGAAAGCAGCUUCUCACGUUCUUCAAAUGACCUGGAGCUACAAAGAUUUAAGGAAUGUUUUGCAAAAGGAAGGCUGGAAUAAGUCUCAUUUCCAGUCUGCCUCAGCCACUGCGAAGGGAUCCAAAAGCACCUCUUGUAAAUCUGGAUAUGAUGACAGCACGUUGCCUCUGGUGGAUAAAAGUCAAGAUAACGAGAAGACCGGAAGCCGGGAUAUGAUUCCAAUGGAUGAACUUGGACCAGAUGGCUACUCCACCAUCGAUCACCGGGACAAGGAGCGGAAAUACAAAACCAACGACAACAUGGGAGACGCCUCGGAGAAAGAACCACUAAAGAAUGACACAAAUAGGAAAACGCUUAACAGGAGCAAUAGGCCUUCGGUGACUUUGGUGGACACGCGAGAUUCUAAACCCCAGCCUGUUGACUCCUGGGUCUAACAU